CCCUGGCCUCAGCCGGACUGGGAGUCCGAGGCGGCGAUCGCCGAACAGGCUGCAGUCGGGGUCCGGGCGCGCUCCGGGGGCGCGGCGAGGCGGAGGGGGCGGGCACCGGGCGGAGCCGGAGUCGGAGUCGCGGCGCCUGGAGGAGAUCGGGCCGCGCGCUGAGAGCACCGAGUGGCGGAGAGGCCGCGCGGCGCGGGGCAGGGCCCGAGCGCAGCCCCCGGACACAGGACACCGGAGCGCAGUCGCGGCCUGAGCGGCGGGAGCGCAUCCGAGACCCGCCGCAGGGACACCCAAGCCGGCCGCACCCGGGCCAUGCGCGCCGCUCGCUGAGACCCGGGGAGGCCGCGAUGGAGGCGCCAGCGGGAGAGUCAUCGGCGCGGGGCUACGGCCCCCCGCCUGCGCCCGCGCCCGCCGCGGAGAGGAAGAAAAGCCACCGCGCACCAUCGCCAGCUCGGCCCAAGGACGUGGCCGGCUGGUCUCUGGCCAAAGGCCGCCGCGGCACAGGCCCGGGAACCGCUACAGCCUGUGGCACCGCGUCCUCGGCGAGGCCCGACAAGAAGGGGCGCGCGGUGGCUCCUGGCACCCGAGGCACGGGGUCUCGGGUGGCCGGGGCGCGCACGGGGGUCCGCGCCAAGGGCCGCCCUCGUCCCGUUACCGGGCCCCGCCCGCCGCCGCCGCCGCCCAGCCUCACGGACAGUAGCUCCGAGGUGUCGGACUGCGCGUCGGAGGAGGCGCGCCUGUUGGGCCUGGAGCUAGCGCUGAGCAGCGACGCCGAGUCUGCGGCGGGCGGCCCGGCGGGGACCCGCACCGGGCAGCCGCCGCAGCCAGCGCCGUCGGGGCAACAGCCUCCGCGGCCGCCCGCCUCCCCGGAUGAGCCGUCGGUGGCUGCAUCGUCGGUGGGCAGCAGCCGCUUGCCACUCAGCGCCUCGCUAGCCUUCUCCGACCUCACCGAGGAGAUGCUGGACUGUGGGCCCGGAGGCUUGGUGCGGGAGCUGGAAGAGCUGCGUUCCGAGAACGACUAUCUCAAGGAUGAGAUUGAGGAGCUACGGGCUGAGAUGCUGGAGAUGCGGGAUGUCUACAUGGAGGAAGACGUGUAUCAGCUGCAGGAGUUACGGCAGCAGCUGGACCAAGCCAGCAAGACCUGUCGCAUCCUGCAGUACCGACUGCGUAAAGCUGAGCGCCGCAGCCUCCGCGCUGCCCAGACAGGCCAGGUUGAUGGGGAACUCAUCCGAGGUCUGGAACAGGACGUCAAGGUCUCUAAGGACAUCUCCAUGCGGCUUCACAAGGAGCUCGAGGUGGUGGAGAAGAAGCGGAUGAGGCUGGAAGAGGAGAACGAGGGGCUUCGACAGAGGCUCAUUGAGACGGAGCUGGCCAAGCAGGUGCUGCAGACGGAGCUGGAUCGUCCCAGAGAGCAUUCCUUGAAGAAAAGAGGAACCCGGUCUCUGGGGAAGACAGAUAAGAAGCCUUCUGCACAGGAGGAUAGUGCAGACCUGAAGUGCCAGCUGCAUUUUGCAAAGGAGGAGUCGGCCCUCAUGUGCAAGAAGCUCACCAAGUUGGCUAAGGAGAACGACAGCAUGAAGGAGGAGCUGCUCAAGUACCGAUCGCUCUAUGGGGACCUGGAUGCAGCCCUGUCCGCAGAGGAGCUGGCAGAUGCUCCACACUCCCGUGAGACUGAGCUGAAGGUGCACCUGAAGCUGGUGGAGGAGGAGGCCAACCUGCUGAGCCGUCGCAUCGUGGAGCUGGAGGUGGAGAACCGUGGCCUGCGAGCCGAGAUGGACGACAUGAAGGACCACGGGGGUGGCGGGGGCCCCGAGGCCAGGCUGGCCUUCUCGUCUCUGGGUGGUGAGUGUGGGGAGAGUCUAGCCGAGUUGCGGCGCCAUCUGCAGUUCGUGGAAGAGGAGGCUGAACUGCUGCGGCGCUCCUCAGCCGAACUGGAGGACCAGAACAAGUUGCUGCUGAACGAGCUGGCUAAGUACCGCUCGGAGCACGAGCUGGACGUGACUCUGUCGGAGGACAGCUGCUCAGUGCUCAGCGAGCCCUCGCAGGAGGAGCUGGCAGCCGCCAAGUUGCAGAUCGGCGAGCUCAGCGGCAAGGUCAAGAAGCUGCAGUAUGAGAACCGCGUGCUCCUCUCCAACCUGCAGCGCUGUGACCUGGCCUCCUGCCAGAGCACACGCCCCAUGCUGGAGACGGAUGCCGAGGCUGGGGACUCCGCGCAGUGCGUGCCUGCCCCUCUGGGUGAGACGCUGGAGCCCCACGCCGCCCGGCUGUGCAGGGCCCGUGAGGCCGAGGCGCUGCCCGGCCUAAGGGAGCAGGCCGCGUUGGUCAGCAAGGCCAUCGACGUCCUAGUGGCUGAUGCCAAUGGCUUCUCAGUCGGCCUCCGCCUGUGCCUGGACAAUGAGUGUGCUGACUUGCGACUGCACGAGGCGCCUGACAACAGCGAGGGCCCCAGGGAUGCCAAGCUCAUCCACGCCAUCCUGGUGCGGCUGAGUGUGUUGCAACAGGAGCUGAACGCCUUCACCCGCAAAGCAGAUGUGGCUUUGGGGAGCUCUGGCAAGGAGCAGCAGGAGCCCUUCCCUGCUCUGCCUGCCUUGGGCUCCCAGGGGCCUGCUAAGGAGAUCAUGCUGUCCAAAGACCUUGGCUCUGACUUCCAGCCACCUGACUUCAGAGACCUGCUGGAGUGGGAGCCCAGGAUCCGAGAGGCCUUCCGUGCCGGGGACUUGGAGUCCAAGCCUGACCCUAGUCGGAACUUCAGGCCUUACCGAGCUGAAGAUAAUGAUUCCUAUGCCUCUGAGAUCAAGGAGCUUCAGCUGGUCCUGGCCGAGGCCCAUGACAGCCUCCGGGGCUUGCAAGAGCAGCUGUCCCAGGAGCGGCAGCUCCGGAAGGAGGAGGCUGACAGCUUCAACCAGAAAAUGGUCCAGCUGAAGGAAGACCAGCAGAGGGCGCUGCUGAGACGGGAGUUUGAGCUGCAGAGUCUGAGCCUCCAGCGGCGACUGGAGCAGAAGUUCUGGAGCCAAGAGAAGAACAUACUGGUGCAGGAGUCCCAGCAGUUCAAGCACAACUUCCUGCUGCUCUUCAUGAAGCUCCGGUGGUUCCUGAAGCGCUGGCGGCAGGGCAAGGUUCUGCCCAGCGAGGAGGAUGACUUCCUGGAGGUGAACAGCAUGAAGGAACUGUAUCUGCUGAUGGAGGAAGAGGAGAUGAACGCCCAGCACUCGGAUAACAAGGCCUGCACAGGGGACAGCUGGACCCAGAACACGCCUAAUGAGUACAUCAAGACCCUGGCCGACAUGAAGGUCACCCUGAAGGAGCUGUGCUGGCUGCUCCGGGAUGAGCGUCGGGGUCUCACUGAACUUCAGCAGCAGUUCGCAAAGGCCAAGGCCACCUGGGAGACAGAGCGAGCAGAGCUCAAGGGCCACGCCUCGCAGAUGGAGCUGAAGGCCGGGAAGGGUGCCAGCGAGAGGCCCGGGCCCGACUGGAAGGCUGCACUGCAGAGAGAGCGCGAGGAGCAGCAACACCUCCUGGCAGAGUCCUACAGCACCGUCAUGGAGCUGACGAGGCAGCUGCAGCUGAGCGAGCGCCACUGGAGCCAGGAGAAGCUUCAGCUGGUGGAGCGGCUGCAGGGAGAGAAGCAGCAGGUGGAGCAGCAGGUGAAGGAGCUGCAGAACCGCCUCAGUCAGCUGCAGAAGGCUGCUGAGCCCUGGGUCCUGAAGCACUCGGACAUGGAGAAGCAAGACAACAGCUGGAAAGAGGCACGAAGUGAGAAGACCCAUGACAAGGAGGGUGUUUCUGAAGCCGAGCUUGGGGGAACCGGCUUAAAGAGGACCAAAUCAGUCUCCUCCAUGUCUGAGUUUGAAAGUUUGCUCGACUGCUCCCCGUACCUUGCUGGCGGGGAUGCCCGGAACAAGAAGCUGCCCAACGGCCCUGCUUUUGCCUUUGUGAGUACUGAGCCGGUGGAGCCUGAGAAAGACGCCAAGGAGAAGGCGGGGAUUUCCACCCGGGACUGUAGCCACAUUGGUAGCCUGGCCUGUCAGGAGCCUGCAGGGAGACAGAUGCAGCGCAGCUACACUGCUCCAGAUAAGACAGGAAUCCGAGUCUACUACAGUCCACCAGUGGCCCGGCGCCUGGGUGUCCCUGUGGUCCAUGACAAGGAGGGCAAGAUCCUCAUCGAGCCAGGCUUCCUCUUCACCACCGCCAAGCCCAAGGAGUCAGCCGAGGCCGACGGGCUGGCCGAGAGCUCCUACAGCCGGUGGCUGUGCAAUUUCUCCCGGCAGCGGCUGGACGGAGGAUCCGGGGCCAGCGCCUCGGGUUCCGGACCUGCUUUCCCCGCUGCCUUGCAUGACUUUGAGAUGUCGGGCAACAUGAGUGACGACAUGAAGGAGAUCACCAACUGCGUGCGUCAGGCCAUGCGCUCCGGCUCCCUGGAGAGGAAGGUGAAGAGCGCAUCCAGCCAGACGGUGGGCGUGGCCACCGUGGGCACCCAGACCAUUCGGACGGUCAGUGUGGGUCUUCAGACCGACCCACCCCGCAGCAGCCUCCAUAGCAAGAGCUGGUCACCCCGCAGCUCCUCGCUUGUGUCUGUGCGCAGCAAGCAGAUCUCUUCCUCUCUGGACAAGGUCCAUUCUCGCAUUGAGCGGCCAUGCUGCUCGCCCAAGUAUGGCUCACCCAAGCUCCAGAGGCGAUCGGUGUCCAAAUUGGACAGCACCAAGGACCGCAGCCUGUGGAACCUGCACCAGGGCAAGCAGAAUGGCUCCGCCUGGGCUCGCUCCACCACCACACGGGAUAGUCCAGUACUGAGGAACAUCAAUGAUGGGUUGUCUAGCCUCUUUAGCGUGGUGGAGCACUCAGGGAGCACUGAGUCUGUGUGGAAACUGGGCAUGUCUGAGGCCCGAACCAAGCCUGAGCCUCCCAAGUAUGGCAUUGUUCAGGAAUUCUUCCGGAACGUGUGUGGCCGGGCACCAAGCCCCACUACUGCAGCAGGCGAGGAGAGCUCCAAGAAACCAGAGCCCCUUUCGCCAGCCAGCUACCAUCAACCCGAGGGGGUAGCCAGGAUCCUGAGUAAGAAGGCGGCCAAGGCAGGUGGUAGUGAAGAGGUCAGACCCACCAUGCUGUCCCAGGUGGGGAAGGAUGGCAUCCUUCGGGAUGGAGAUGGAUCCUUGAUCCUUCCGAGUGAGGAUGCUGUGUGUGACUGUAGUGCCCAGUCACUUGCCUCCUGUUUCAUCCGGCCAUCCCGAGGCGCCAUCCGCCACUCUCCCUCCAAGUGCAGGCUGCACCCUUCAGAGUCAGGCUGGGGCGGGGAGGAGAGAGCAGCUCCCCAGUGAGUCCCAGAGCCACCGAGCACCCACCUCAAGCAGCCCAGACCCUGGAGAUGAGGCAAGGGCUCGUGUCCUCAGCCUCAGUCCCUCCAGGAGGAACAGCAGCUGUGCCACUGCCACAGAAGAGCUUUCACAUUAAGGUAAAGCAAGGUGUCUUGCUGACUUUGGGCAGUGACCUCUGAUUUCCAGGGGGAAGACAGUGAGCAAGGAGAAAGACCAAACCUGGGUGACCAGGAAUGGGCCUCAGAAGCACCUGAAGAGCUCAGCAAGUCAGCUCUGGAUCCCAAAGGGGGGCUGGUACCACCCACACCGCGUCUUAGAAGGAUCCAGAAAAGGAGGCAUUUCUGGCCAGGCUCCAGGACCAGGGCUGACAGAGAUGCUCCCUUCUGACCACGCGUGGAGGAGAAGCCACCGAGAGGAUUCCACUUUGCUCAGGGCCCAGCUCGAGGUUCUCAGAAGAGCUGGGCCUGGGCGUGACCAUCACUUCUUGCUCUCUCCUCUUAGCCCUGCUGUUCUGCUUGCUAGGCCUGCCUGGAGCAGGGAAGGGGGACAUGAUAGAGCAGAAUUCAGGACCAAGUAUACUUGGAAUCCUGGAGCUCUGGAGCCCCCUGCCUGUGCCUACAUGUAGCAAGAACUGGGGGGCAGGUAGGAGUAUGUAGGGUUCAGAGUAGGAGGCCAGAAGAGCCGACUCCCUUGUCAUGGGGACAUGAAGGCCCAACUUUCAUAGGACAUGAGAACAGAAAUGGUAGCAUCUAUCUCCAUACCUGACAAAGAGGUACAUGCCUCAGUGCCAUGCCUCGCUCCCCAGGGCCUCUUGGUAGCAGGGUUCGGUGCCACAGUCCUGCAGCAGUAGAAACGCUCCCUGGGAGAGACUGUUGGUUAGGUCAGACCAGAGGGAGAGCCAAGAGGCCAAGACAUAGCCCAAGCCAAGGGACUACAUUGUUUAUUUGCCUGGAUUGUUUAUUUGAAUUUUUCAUACUAUAAAUAUUUAAGGUGAUUUACUUUAUUUUAAUAAUUUAACUUACCCCCCCCCCCAGAGUCCCUAAGGUAAUUUAUUAGAGGUAUCCUUGCCACUGGGACAGCGUGGGGCUUGUGACAGCAUGAAUUCCCCUGGGUGGCUGAGGCAGCUCAGCAGCAGGCUCAGGUCUCCUGGUCUUGUCAGAAGGGCCCUCAGCGGAGAGCUGGGGCUCUGCACCUUGUUCCUCCAGUACCGCUGGCCGUUUAGUCUCGGAGCACUGCAUUUCCCUCGUCGCCCGGUACGCGCGUGGCCCGGCCUCUACAGGUCAGACUGUAAGUGCUCCAGACAAACUGCAGGCCAGAAUGAUGUCAUCACGCCCCAGACAUCUUCCACCAUCCUUCCCAUCCCUCCCUUCCCGCCAGAACCUCUUCUCAUGAGAGUCAAACACAGAUGACUGCCGCUCUGUUCCUUCCACCUUCCCGAAGUAAGAACUCGCAGGGAAACAGGACGGACUUGUAGAAUGUUGUUGAUUGCAGCUUUGCACACGGAUCUGAGAGUGUCUACCAGCCUGCCAGCCUGUUCACCAGCGCUUCUCUUAGCCUUAUAGCCACUCGUGGCUCCUCAUGCCCAAACUCUACUGCCUGUCCUUCCUACACCCCUAGGAGUCGCCUGAACCACACCAGUAUAACUCAACUGCAGUAUGGGGAGGGUUCACAUGCCUCUCCCUUGGUGCCAAGGAACCAAUUACAGUUGUACACAUGUGAUGUGCCACCCUCCUGUUCCUGGCUGGGGACCCGGACUCAUCCAGGGAUGGAUUGGCUUUUGUGCAGAGGUCCCCUCGGAAAGGUAGAGAGCCAGCUGCCUAGCUGGUUUGCUCCAGGACUAGGGAGAUGCCUCUACACGCCCACCUACCUGUACCCAGGCUGUCUUUUUAGAGACACCUGGGCCAGCUACCCAAAGCCCCUCGACCCCAUUCCCUACGGGCAGUAUAUCAGGGUCAGUGCUUUCUAGCAGCUGUUGACUCGUGUCCAGUAACUUGUUGUGGGCACAGUCAGCAGGCCAGUGGACCAUGGACCAGGUCCCUCCAGGAUGCAACUGCUCUCCUCUAAGAGGUCAGAGGCCCCUCUAAGGUUAUUUCUAGCUGAGGGGACCACACCAGGCCACAAGCCACCAGAGGCCUUCUGCCACCUUCCAGAGCUAUUGAGAGCUUGGGAGGCUUGGAGAAAAGUCCCUAUGGUCCUGAACGUCAGGGCUUAAGGGCUGUUCAGCCUUACCAUCGUCUCUGUAUGGGUUGUGCAUUUCCACUGUCUCAGCACCUGGCUCCUGUGGCCCCCAACAGGUGUUGCAAGCUCCAGGUCUUGUUUUUCAGUCCCUGUUUCUAAUUCUUGCUUGCCACAGUGCAAGGCCACUUGUCACUGUCCCUAUGGAAGCCUCUGGGCAUAGGGCUCAGUGGGGUUGAAAAUGUUCCAUGUAAAUAUUGGUUUGGUUUGAUCUUUAGCAUUUUACUUGGUAACUGGUUCUCUUUUCUUUGGGGGUGGGGUGGAAGGGUUGGUUUGUAAAUCUCUCUACUCUUUUGAAAUGUAAUUUCUAAGUUUGUUUGUUUCUUCAAAUGCCUUUUAUGUCUUGGUAACAUUCCCAAAGCAGAAAACUGCCUGGCUUACAUGGGGGCACGCCCCUUGAGGCCGGAGGUCACGGGAAGGAGCUCCGCCCCUCCUCCUAUCUAUGCUCUUUCUGUUCACCCGUUUUCCUCCUCUUCGUCUUCCUCCUCUUCUUCCUUCUUUUCCUCUCCCUCCUCCUCCUCUUCAUCCUCUUCUUCCUCCUCCUCCUCCAGCUUCUUACCCUACUCCCAGAACCAGUGUCCCAAGGAACCUUGGGGUCCCAUCCUCUAAAAGAUUGCCUGGCUUGUGCCCACAGGGUUGACACAGAUUGGCUGGGGGCACAAGGGAGAGCUAAGUUACAUGGUUGAAACGAAGCUAUGUCUCACCUCUUCCCAGGGCUAAACCAAAUGAGGCUGUGGUGACUGGUUUUGAAAUGAGACUCAGAUCCCUUUAGGGCCCCUGACUGAACAGGGCAUCAGCGUCCAUCACCCUUUGCCCUGUAGCCUUUCUCCCACCAAGGCUGGCCUCUAGAGGUCUUGUUCUCUAGGCGCUUAGAUCGUCGGGCCCUGUCUCUUGGCCUCUCCAGGGAUAUUCAUCUACCAGCUGGCCUCCAGGUGACAAAACUGAGCACCCAAAAGACUUGACCUUCUAGGCACCACCACGCCGUGCUCGCUCUGUACUUUUCACGGAUACAUCUGUCACUCAGCUUUGUCCCUUACCCGGACAGUACCCGGACUGUACCCGGACUCUUCCCCUUACCCAGAAUGGAUCUAGUUCCACUGCCUCCCUCUCCCUCCUCACUGUAAUAGCAAACAUCCUUCCACCAUCUUCCCUAGAGCACUAUACUGUUUAGUGGUCAUGUCACCAUCUUCCCAUCUCUCCUUAGUCUCUCAAGGGCAACUCUUGAGGGGCAGUUUUGACAGGAUAGGGUUUAGUGCUCUCAUUCUAUAAAGGAGAAAACAGAGAGUUUUUGCCCUAGAGCCCUGAGCCAGGAAGUCAUGACCACUAUAGCUGGAUUCUUCCCUGCUUUCUGUACAAACUCACUGGGAGGCUGGCUGGAUUCAGAGCAUCCCAAACUCACCACCGCCAAACCAGAAACAGGCUUUCGAUUCUGGACCAGAGGGUAGUUCCAGGGACGCACUGCUCCAAACCUCCGAGAGCAAGUUCAUUGUGAAGAUUUCUAGGCCUUACCACAGCCUCUGGACAGAGGUCCUCUGGGUUAUCCCCCUGGAGAUCCAUAUGCACCAGUGACCAGUGUUUACAUUCACAGUACCGGCCAUUCCUAACUUUAGCAUUCUGAGUCAGUGUUCACAGUGCCCUGAGCCCUGAGCUGUGAUUUGGGGGUGAGGGUGUCUCAGGCAAACUCUGCUUUGGGUAAAUUACUCCGAGGGUCUUCAAAGGGCAUCAAAACCAGUCUUCCGCCUUAGUCAUAUGUUUCAUAGAACAACAAAGCCAGAAAGGCUGGUGGCACAGGCCUUUAAUCCUGGCUGCUCAGGAGGCAGAAACGGGAGGAUCGAGUUCAAAGCAUGUUUGGGCUAUGGAGUGAGUUCAAGGUCAGCCUGGGCGGUUUUCUAAGGUCGUAGCUCAAAGCUUUUAGAGAGUGGUUGGUGGCUCAGUGGUCGGUGCUUGCUUCACACGUGUGAGGCCCUGGGUUCUGACCCUACUGUUGGGAAACAAACAAAACUCGGAAAUCAGAGGACAAGAACUAAGGGUAUGUCCUAAUUACACACUUUAAAGUAUACUCCCUUCCUCCCCCGGCUGUUUGCUUGUCUGGUUUUGCUUUUAGAUACUAUCUUGCUAUGUAUCUCUGGCCGAUCUGGAAAUUGCUAUGUAUCUCUGGCCGAUCUGGAAAUUGCCAUGCAGACCUUAAAUCUGUAGUCAUUUUCCUGCCUCUGCCACUCAAGUUCUGGAACUGCAGGCAUGCGCUACCUUACCCAGCCUUAAAUUUCGUUCUCGAGUUUCCUAGAGGCCAUGGUGAGAAGUGAAACACUUUUAUCAGCCAAUCAUGAUUGCUCCUAGAGACAAACUGAUGUGGAACCCGAGGUCUCUUUACAGACCCUGGAGCUGACUGUUGUGACACCAGGUUAGCGUAAGAUAAGACAUGUUUUCCGGAAGACUAUUUACAAAAUAUUAAACUACCCCCAGUUUGAAUGACCUUGGCCAAAUCACGUGGCUAGUCUAUGCCUCAGUUUCCCCAGCUAUAACAUGGUGGCUGUGGAGAAGACCACAUACAUCAUCAAGCCUGUUCAUCUUUAAAAAAACUGACAUUCUAGAUAAAUCCGAAUGAAUCUGACCACGCUUUUUAUAGCCAUUGAGCCCCUCAGUUGCCCUGGCUCCCAUGGUAGCAUGCACCUCCUUCCCUCAUUGGCCUUAAAUAGAAGGGGACCAGAGGAGAAUCUCACCAACCUGCUCACAUUUUAAAAUGCUACUGUAGUCGUCCUGUGUGCAUAUGUGUGUUUGCACAUGCGGGGGAUGAGACUCAGAGCCUAGUGCAUGCGAGGCAAGCAUCUUACCACUGAGUUACAUCUCCAGCACCUAAGGGGCUUUUUAAAUAUUUAUUUAUUAUA